AUGUCAUCCUCCCCGUCCCCCUCAUCCGACGACGACACCGAGUCCAUCCACGCCACCCAAUUUGUACCCCAAGAAGACGACAGCGAUACCCUCUACGACGCCAUCCGUAUCCUCGAUGAACGCGUCAACAAAAGAGGGGGCGGUGAAUACCUGGUCGAAUGGGCUGGUAUCGACCCCGACACUGGCAAGACAUACUUGCCCGAAUGGACGGCCAAGACGGCCUGUACGAAUGACUUGAUCAAGGAGUGGAGGGCUGUGAAAAGGCGUGACCCGGACAUUGUGGGGAAGGGGGCGGCCCGAUGGGACGAUAGGAUACAGGAGUAUCAGAAAUGGAAGAAGGAGUUGGACCGAAAGAAGGCCAAGGCGGAGCGGGAGGCGAGGCUGAAGGUGAAUGCGAAGAAGAGAAAGAGGAGCAGCACAGUGACUGUCAAGACGGAGAAAAAGUCGCGAACGUCCAAGGGUGAAACACCACGCUCCAAAACGCACAGUAUAACUCUCAAGCCUGCGGGAUCUACCACCCGCCGCCGCUCUACCCGUACCGCAUCAGAACCCUCCGAGACUUCUGCUCGCACUCGAGCUACGCGCCCGCGCGAAUCGCACGCGGAACGCCAACCUGUAGUCGAACAAAGCUCAAGCGACUCUGAGGAAGAGCCAGAGAAUGACGAGCUGGAUUCGGAUGAAGAAGACGACGAUGCGGUUCGGCAGUCUUCUGCGAAGAAUAAGGGGAGGGCAAAGGUGGAGGUUGUGCCUCCAACCAAGCAGUCGGCGAAUGGGACCAAGACCAAGCCCAAGAAGCGAGUACUGCCAAUAUCCAAAGACGUCACCGACUAUCCCGAACCCUCUCAAGUUCCUACGGAAUUUGCCCAGCCCUCUCAGCCCAACAUUGAGGAGGAAACAGACCCUCAACCCACGCAAUACCCCAUCUCUUCUCCCAUCCGACCAGAAGUCAGCUCACUAAACAUGAACCCACACUUGCCUUCGUCAGCCGACACUAUCAACCAAUUCAUUAGCCCGCCAUUCAUGCGACAUGAGAAAAAGGAGGAAGCUGCUCGGAGGCACUUGAGGGAGUACGAAGAAGCGGAGGCUUUGGCCAAGGCUGUGGCCAGCCUGCCUGGGAAGACUGCGUCAGGGAGGACGAAGGGGAAAGGAAAGGAGAGACAGGAUGAAGGAGAGGAGGCAGGAGUGGAGGGCGCGCCUAAGGAAAUCGUUGUCUAUGACCUCACAGAGUCUUGGCCCGAAUCCCAGAUACCCCAAACCCAACCCCUGCCUGCCUCUUCACCCAAGAAAAGUACCCAAGACGAAACGCCGCUCUCCGACCAGGACCUUCGCAAGGAGAACGACAAGCUCCGAAUGCAGCUGAAAGACGCGCUUGAAGCCAGGGCGAGCAUGAUUGAUACCUUGAAGUACCACCCCGAUAGUGUCGCUCUCGAAAAAGUCAAGGCUGAGAAUGAACGGUUGAAAGAGGAACUGGCGGCCGCGCAGGCUGACGCCGAAGAAGUGAGGGGCAAGGGCAAGGAAGAAGGGGCAGAGAUACGGCUUUUGGAGGGGCUGAAGAGGGAGAUGGAAGGGUUGAGAAAGGAGCUUUCUGCUGCGAAGAUUGGAAAGGAUCAAUCGGAUGAGAGGUACAACAACCACCCCGACUCUUCUGCUCUCGUCCACGCCCGAGCCGAGGUGGCCGAGCUGCGCAAGCUCUUGGAAGCCGCCCAACAGGCUACAAAGGAGGCAAAGAAGAUAGCCAAAGAUCAUCCGAUCGCUCUCAAGCUCGCGAGUGCUGAAGAGCAGAUUCAGACCCUCACCGCCAAGCUCCAAGAAGCCAAAGCUUCGAAGAACUCUCUUCAGAGCGAGAUCGCCUCUCUCACUGAGCAACUUGAGGCUGCCGAGGCUUCUCGGGCUUCUGAAGCGGAACAUCAACGCUUCGUGACAAAGGAGUACGAGAAGGCAAGAGACCGAGCCGUCGAGCUGGUCCGCAAGUCCGAUGUCUUGACCAAGCAAAACCAACUUUUCCGAGGCCAGCUUAGAGACGGUCUCAAACAACGCGAACUGUUCAACCACGCCACUUCCUCCGCCCACAACGCUCAAAUCAAGCAGCUCCGCGCACAGGUCAAGAUCCUGCUCGACCAAGCGCGCGUCACUGGCGACCCCAUCCGGGAGAAGGCUGUCUGGUGUGACAAGUACCGGGAGGAUAGUGAACGGCUUACGGCGGAGAAUGAGGAUCUGGAUAGGAAGCUGAGAAAGGCAAAGGGAAGGCAGGUGGAGUUGUUGGAGGAGAAUCAGGUUUUGAGGGCCAGGGCGAUGGGUGUGCUGCCGCCAGAGAGCGAAGGAGACAGUGACGAGGACGAGGAUGCGGCUAGGGGCUACAUGACCGCCGAGGACGUCCCUGCGAGACGCCCAUUCCCUCCUGGUCCUUCUGGCCUCGGCAACAACCACCCAGCAUCACCACACUCAGACUUCUUCCUGUCCGCCCCCGAAGCACAAAACAACUUUGCUCACCCCCCUGGCACCAUCUCUGGCGCUGCCACCGGACUGGGGAACGUUGUAAGAGAGGAAGGGCAGGUGGAAGAGCUGGUCGAAGGUGGUCGUGGAUACGAGUGCAAGUGGAGAGACCGGGAAGAGGCUUGCAAGGUUGUCUGCGAUACUGCCGAGGACAUGUUUGCUCACGGUAAACAACAUCCAGUAGCGGAAAUGGCGGCUCGUGGCUCUUUAUAA